UGUGGGCGACUCACAGCGUAUAAAUCCGCCGGGUUGUCAAACAGCAAAGUUUCAGCGGACCCCUCCAGUGCAAAGUGUCACCGAGAGACAAAGUACGUCAGAUAAUCAGAGCUGCGGCGAGAAAGGAGAGGAAAAACAGCAUCUUUCAUCCCUCUACGAUAUCAGCCUGGCGAACCCGUGAACUGACACCUCCGCGUUGAAUUUAAAUUUAAUCAUGAGGGAAUUAAUCUAGAGGACCAAAGGAGUGCGAGUCGAGCUCGGACACCAUCCUCCUCCUCCUCAUCAUCAUCACUGGCAGCUGCAGCGUCUAGAGAAACACCGCCUGCCACCCGCUGUCCCCCGCUCAUGAGAUGCCCCCGCCGCCAUGACGCGAAAAGCUUCAACGACUUUUCAGUAAGCCGGAGGUACAGACGCACAUCUGUGCCGCCAGCCUGUCAGCGGCGUCUUCUAACACUUUGCUCACACGCGACGGCUCUAACCGGAUGCGGCCAUGCAUCUAGAGGUCAAGGUCGCCCUCAACUUCAUCGUGUCCUACCUGUACAACAAGCUGCCUCGCCGUCGGGCCGACCUGUUCGGCGAGGAGCUGGAGAGGAUACUGGUCUCCCGUUUCGAGGGACACUGGUAUCCCGAGGCCCCCCUCAGGGGAUCCGCGUUCCGCUGCAUCCACUUGGGGGCGCCGAGGGACCCCGUGGUGGAGCUGGCCGCCAAAAGAAGCGGGCUGGACACGGAGGAGGUGCGCGCCAACGUCCCGGCCGAGCUCAGCGUGUGGAUCGACCCGUAUGAGGUUUCCUACCAGAUCGGCGAGAAGGGAGCGGUGAAGGUGCUUUACCUGGAGGACCCGCCGGGCCUCGGCUGCGACGGCGAGAGGGCCGAGGCGGCGAGCGGCGAGGGCAAAGGCGAGCCCGAGGCUGAGGAGGCCAAGAGUCUGGGGUUUAAUCCCGAUGCUCAGGUGUUUGUGCCCAUUGGAAGUCAAGCAUCUCCUGCGCUGAUGCCGUCUCUCUCGAGCUCUCCCACGCCUUUGUCGGCUCAGCCCGGGCUUUUUAGCUACCCCAGUUCCAGCACACCCACCGACCCGGGGGUCCAUUCGUCCAACACCUCCACCCCUUCUCCUCCCAGUGCCGGGUUACCCUACCUCCCCACUCAGCAGGCCCCCUCAGCUCUGCCCCUUGCCCGUCCCCAGCCCAUCACCUUCACCACCGCCAGCUUUGCCGCCACCAAAUUCGGCUCCACCAAAAUGAAGAAGUGCAGCGGCGCCGGGUCAGCGGCCGGCUCCGCCGUCAUCGUGCAGCCCUCGCAGAGGAUGCUCUCCCGCUCCCCCACCAACAUGUCGGCACCAGAGCUGCUGAAGCACAAGCCCCUGUCGCUCUCCUUGCACUCCCUCGGAGGUCCCGUCCCCAGCCAGCUCUCCCCCAGCGCCAAAGAGUUCGUCUACCCAGGAUCCCCGGGCCCCUUUUUCUUUGACCCGGACACUCAGCCCAUGCAGCCUCAAGCCAGCCCUUUCCAGCCCUCGCACAGCAUCGGCUCCAACGCGCCCUUCGACCCGUUCGCCAGCCCCUCCCCUCAAAGCGUGGGCAUCCUCAGCAGCGGCGGCGGCAUCCCUUACGUGGAGAAACCCCCGUUUGACGGUCUAGGAAGCUACAGCCUGCAAUAUCCAAGCCAGUCCUUCCAGCCUGUGGUGCUGGCCAACUAGGCGUGUUUGGAACAAGAACAGUUGGACGCAAGAGUCCAAUCGAGAGACUCUCCAAUUGUUUUCAGUUUUUCUAACAAAAUCUUAUAAUGCUAACACACAUCCAGAGUGGAUUUUGCCACAGAAAUUGAAAAAAUAAUCUGUUUAGCAUCUCCUGUUUUAUCCUUCCUAGAGUCAUUUCUGUUCUCCCUCACUUUGCAUCGACAACAAUAACAUUAGUUAGGGGUCGAGUCCCUUUUCUAGGCUUGGUUCUCGCAGGCGUCGGGCGGCGCGAAGGAUUCACGUUCCACUCCUGUGACGGACCCGUCUCUAGAGCAGCUCCAUUUUGCACUGCACUGUCAUGCUGUGAAAAGAGGACUUUGCCAAGUCCUGCAGGGAACGACUGCUGUGGAAAACUCAGCACUUUGCUCCGCAAUCUGCUCUGCCCUACUUGCCACAAAUACACAGGAGAAGGGUGGGGGGGGGGUUGCUCUGCUGCCUGUGUUGUGGAGUCCUGCUCCGUUUUUUGUGUCGUUUGUCUCCGUUAUCAUCGGAUGCACGUAUAUUGAAGGCUUUGUUAUCAGUCGCUGGACCGUUUUGUGCGAGCAGGAAUGAAUGGUGGCGGCCGAGCAGAGGGGAAGGGCGGCGUCUGAGGACGUAUUGUCAAAGGGGAAACGGCUGGAGGAAGCCUUUUUUUUGAAUGUGAAAGAGAAAUUAAUUAGAAUUUUUAACUAUGCUGAUGCCUUUUUGGUAGUAAACCCGGGGAAGUGUGCAGGCACAAACGCAGCGUACGCACGAUGUUCCGGUCAGCAGCUUGUGUGAAGGUGAACGGGCGAGGAGCAGGAGGUGCAGCAGCUAAGCAGCGGGGAUUGUGAUAAAUGGCUUAGCAUGACUUUGACUAUGAAGGAGAGGUUUUUCCUCCUCCGGCUCGGAGGGAAGAGGGAGGGAGACGGGGCGAGAAACUUCUAGACGAGCGUGCUGCCUCUGCGUAGUAGCCGGGGUUGUACCGGCGAGCGUCGCGUUGAAACGCAGAGCACGUUUGUGGUGAACCAAAACACUAUUCUCUCCUCUCCUCUUGAAAUUCUCCUGCUGUCUGUGUUUCUCAAGCUGUUGCAAGGAAAAGCAACCCAGUUCAGUCCAGGUCUCCUCCCAGCUGCAGUGAAGGGGGGGGGGAUGCAUAAGAGAACCGAUGGCGUCUGUGUGCACGGCUCUCAGAGAGGGUGUCAGACAUGUUACUCUCCUGGCGUCGCGUGUGUAAGGUUGUGUCGUCGUUGGUCAGCGCAGGGCAGGGCUGGCCUCCACGUGUGCAGCUGUUCAGCACCUUAUCACAGCAUCAGCACAACCCAUCAUUCACCCUCCGCUUGGUUGUUGCACAUUUUUAUUCGGACGAGGUGAAAUGCGUUGGGAGAUUAUUAGAUUAGCCUAGCUCGCGUUGCGUUGCUUUAGGAAAAAAAAGGUGAUCCCAUCAGACCUUCUUUUUUUUUUAUCAACUUUUUGAGUGUUUUCCAGAGGUGUAGGUGUUGUUUUUUUUUUUUUUUCUUUUUUUAAUGUUGUAACUUUUGCUUAAGUUGGCGUAAGGACCCAAGAGUCAUUUUUUUUUUCUUUUUCAGAAAAUUUAGGAGAUUAGUUAUCCUUCAGCUGUAUCGGUUUAUAUUUUAUUUUCCUAUUUUUCAAAUUACCCUAUGUAUUUGUAUUGGUUGGGGGUUGUGACUGCAGGAUUGUGUAUAUAUAAAGUUCUCAUGUUCAGAUUCUUUAGUUUUAUACACCCUGAAGUUUUCCUCCUUUUUUUUUUUUUUCCUCUUUCUUUCAAAAACCUAUCAUGAAUAUAUGCAAACUGAGACAAAAUAAAGAUGUACAGAAAAAAGUAUUGAAUGUGAAUUGUACCUUGUACAGUAUUUGUCUCGUAUAAGACGGGUAAAUGUAUUACUUCUUGAGUUUGGGUUUCAGGCGGUGGGGAUUGUGCAGGAGAGAGAUUGCAGAUAAGGACGUUCUGUUCUGGGGCUGAUAAUACUCCUGUUUUUAAAAGGCAAACCAAAAAUCUUCAGUUAACGUUUCCUUUUUGACUGAAUGUCCCCUUUUCCCACCCUUUUCUGUAUUCCCUGCCCAUCAUGUGGCCGCACCUCCUUUUGCUCCCUUAGCCUCAAGUGUUUUGUCCAUCGGCACUUCCUGUACCCAGACAUGCAGUGCCCUGGAGAAGAAUUCAUUCCCUUUGAACUAUGCUACAUUUUGUCCCACUCCAGCGACAAACUUCAAUUUUAUUGGGGGCCUGUUGUGAUAGACUAACACAAGGCAGUGUAUUGUUGUGUAGUGGAAGGAACAUUACAUGUUUGUUUAUUUUUUCUUUACUAAUAAGAUUUAGAAAAAUGAGGAGCCUCUAGCAGGUAUUCAUCCAGGAUAGUUGUAUCCAUCUCCCCAUCAAUUCUGACCAGCUUCAUCCCUAUUGGAGAAAAGCAUCCCCACAGCAUGAUGCUGCCACCACCUUGUUUCACCACAGGGCCGCGGUGGUCAGGGUGACAUGAAUAUUCGGUUUUCUGCCACGCAUUUUGUUUUCCUCAUGUGACUUUCUUUCAACAUUUACUUCUUUUUUUCCUGCCACUCCUUCGUUUAAGGCGGUAUUUGUGGAGCGCAGGACUAAUAGCUGUUCUGUUAACUCUUCCACCCAAGCUGUGGACCCCUGCAGCUCCUCCAUUUGCCUUUAAUUAGGAUUAGGGGAGUAAAGGAGAUUGAAAGGAAAUGCAAGCCACAUUUUGCAUAUUUGUAUCUUUUGAAAAAAGACAAAUUUCAAAACCAUCCGUGACUCAACAUUUUUGUCGGUUUGUCCCAUUAAGGCCCCCAAAAUGAAAUUGAAGUUCAUAGUUUGUGACAAAAUGUCAGAAGGGUGAUCAAUUCUGUUUCAAGCCACUUUACUUAAUUGUGACUACUAUGAAAUUCUAUUAGAAAUGCCUUUUUUUUUUUUUUUCAUUUUUAACUAGAAAAAACCCAAAUUUGAACUUCCUGCUCAGUCAGUCAGGACCUUUUGGGUGCCUGAACUAAAGCCAUAUCCCCCGCUGUCUUUGCUUACGCUGAUGCUCAUCCUUCCGCACUGCAGCCUGGUGCCAUAAGCUUUUAUGCCACCCUUCAAAGAGUCAAGGGGUCUCUACCUCUCUGCGCCCAAGAAAAAAACAAACCCAGAAACUGCUUCCAGUAGAAAGACGCAGCUGUGAAUGUUUUGGGAUGUUGGGGGGGAUAAAAUGGAAAGUGAAUGUGGUCCAGAUCUAAUUGUCUACCCUGGAUUUAAGUAGCCUGCAGAGAAGUGAAACAUUCGGAUCUUUGCAUGUCUGACUAAACUAAUUUAAUCUAGGGUUUCUUUAAGCUCUUGUGUUUGGAUAGGACUGAAUAGGACGGCGUUUACAUGCAGGCUGCUCUAAAAGUAGGGUUGAUGAUUAACGGAGAUGGAAAAGAAAUUAAUUUCAAUUCUGAUGUCCUUUUGCUUGUGCCGCUGUGUGCAUUUUAUUUUGCACCUGGAACUAUUGUGAUAAAAGAAUCUUAUUUUCUAUGUAAACUUUAACAUGUAAAAGUAAAAUAGAUUUAAGAGUUUAAAUAAUAUAUAAAUAGUGCUCUGUUUCUCUGUAUUUUAUUAUUUCUUUCCUCUUUUGUAUCUGACCUGUACACCCUGUAGAUGUCCGACGAACCUUUCACUACCGAAAUGCAAUGACCUGUUUUCUGUGCCGCCCCUCGGGGAAAUGGGGGAGUUACUACUGCAGUUUCUUAUUGUAUCAGAUUCUUUUUUUAAGUUUAUAAUAAAAAGAGCAGACUGGCAGAAAAAAAAGGAAGCAUGGAAA